AUGAAAGCGAAUCUACUGAGAGAAAAAGUUACAGAGGUAGGGAUGUUUCAACCUUUUUGUUUUAACCAUAUCAUAACUGAUUUAUCGUUUAUAUAUAUACACAUAUAUAUAUAUAUACUACAAAGCGGGAUUAACGAAAUUUCAAGCAAUCGAGCACAAGUUGACGAGAAUGCGAGCAUGCGAGCAGUUGCAAAAAUUUUUCGAGCACGAGAAAGCGAGCACCCGUGUAAUUUUUGCCAGCAAUUCAAGCAAAGGCCAAAUUUUGUGAGCACUUUUAAAUUGAAUGGGACCAUUCGAUACCCCUUAAAGCUGCACGCCAAUUCUUUUUCUCGGAUGUUUAUGCCUUUAUCUCUUUCGAAUUUUUUGGAUCACAAAUAUUAGCACGAAACGAGUACAAAAGUUUUUAAAGAAAUUGCAUCAUGGGAGAGCAAAAAAGGUCAAUCAGAAUUCAUCGAUAAAUCUGGAUUCAUCGAUAAAUCUCAUUCAUUUUUACGCUGUACAAGGCGGUGCCAGUUUAUUUAACAGGCUCAUUUUGGACCUAAUAUUCUAGACUCAUAGGAGAUAAGACUCAAUUGCUGCGAUUUCAUCUUGAACGCAAGCUUCCAUUGAAAUAAUCGUUGAUGCUUAGUACCUUAGUAAAGCAAAGCCUUAUCCGGCGGCGUUCACUCCAUGCGCAGAGUCACUGCAAUUUUUCUACAAAUCUAAAACAUGACGCAAGUCAUUAUAGUUAAAAGUGCAUAUGGCUUGAUUUUCCUUUAUCGAUUAGACAGUAAAUUUUAAAAAUCUGUUAUACUCCUCACUUUAUUUGCGUAAUUUACAACUGAAUAGAAAUUUCUUUUGUAUCUGUGGAAAUUCACUCAAUUGAUGUAGACCUCAUUACUCUUCGAUUCGUUUUGACCAGGCUAACGGUCAAAAUUUCAGCUUUAGGAACUCUACAUACGGUGGCCAAUGCAAUAUCAACUCAGUUGGCAAAACCAAAUCGUCUUGUAACAUCCUCCACCGAGGCAUGGCCACAGUUUAUUUAGGAGCGAACCCACUUUGCUCAUUAUUACGUGACACGUUUGCUUUAAGUUGUUACUCAUAAAUGUUUAUAAAGCAUGGAGGAAAAUGUCUUCUCCAAUCGUGGCUCAUAACUCAGCGCACACAAAACCGAACGCAAUGUAAGCGAAAUGUAAUGCUAUAGUUGGUCUCACGAAGUAGACGGCUAUACCACGCGAAAUUUCGAUUUUAUUGCGUUUAAGAUCUUUAUCUUCUUCGGUUGAUUUGGUCGACUGAUUAGUUGACCUUGUCGUCUGAAGAAGAUAGGGAGUAUAUUUUUACCACGAUUAAAAAACGCAGCCCACCCAGUGCGUUAUUCAUACGGUAAUCAAUGUUUUGGUCCGGGGUUGGUGUAUCAUUGAUGGUUGUAAACCUACAUCGUAUGUCCAUUUGCUUUCAACCAUACUUGCAAAGUAAAGGAUCGAAAUGUUUAUAAUCAGCACAAUGUAAAUCAGCUAUUUCAAAUGCAAAACAAUCCAAUCUCCUACAAAAGUGACAUUGAAGACAAAAAACGGGCAAAUUAACUAAGGUUUGAGAGAGAACAUAAACAACACAGGACGAAAAAAUAAUGAUGAGUCCACCAGUUUACUAAAGAUUCGCUUACAGUUUCAUUACCGACAUUUCAUUCCUCAUUAACAAUAUAAAUUUGUUGGAUCAAUAUCAGUAUCCGAGACACUGCGUACCCAUCUCUCCCCUUACCCCAAAAAGUCAACUAAUAUCACAACUUUUUCUCCGCCAUUCGUCCGAGGGUGACUAACUGCCCUUUGUAGAAGGAUUUUCAGAGACCUUAAGCAAUCAGGACAGUAACGCUGUUAAAAGACGUCUAUUAAAAAAUGAAUUUAUACAGUUAUAUUUUGACGAAUGGCUGGAUACGUAUACCGUCUCCUACGGUCACACCUCAAAUUCAGCAAAUGUAUGUGAGCAGCGCUGAGUUCCAAAUGGAACUUAAAUAAUUUGCAGUCGGGGUUUCCGCUCUUACACUACACAAAUUGAUGUUGUCUUGCAGAGGACGGCUAAAGAGUUUACAAAGUUCUCAAACGUACGUGUUGAGUUCUUGCUCUGCUAAUUAAAUCUUUCGUUUUGACACGUCCUCGUUACCGUGACCGUCAUGCUUUGCUUAAGUUCCAUAGUUCUUAGUUUUUGUGACGCCUAGCACGUACCCCACAAAUUAACCAUCGCCUUGACUGCAGAUGGCCGUUAUAGAAAGGUUAAAUGAGAAAAAAUGUAUGAACAGUCGACCAGGACAGAGCAAGAAGCGGUUUUAGGGCGGUAGCGUUUACGUUACUAAACCAUCGACUGCAAAAGUUUCUUGAAUAAAGCCGCAAGUUUCCAAUUUUUUGUAGUAUCGACAGGGUUUGUUAAUCAGUUGUUUCAGGCUUUGAACACAUUAAGUGAUGGCAACAAACAAUGGUUAGACAAUAGUAAUUAAGGUUUGAAAACAUUGACGUGUUUUGCCUAAGGGAAGCAAUUCUAAUCCAAUCGGCUUUUUAACCCCUAAUUUAAAAGUUUGAUAACUUUUUGCCUCUCAGUUCUCCAUUUUCAAGAUGUUUAUUGUGAUUGGCACGUUUUUAACAGCUUGCUCAAUUGUACUUUGCAUUUGUGGGUAGUGUUCCGUAAUAGAAAAUAAGUAACAAUUUUUCACCGGAGUGGAGGUGAAUAAUUGUUUUAGUCUAUACCGCAAAUAGUUUAUUUCUUUAAUACACCGAAAAAAAGUCGAAAACUUAACUCCUGACAAACGAUUUUGUCUAAUCGGCUGCUCGGAUGCGAAUACUAUUAUUACUUGUUAUUCCGUCCCGAACCAACCAAUCAGCGCACGAAAAGCACAAUUUACCCAUGUGAUAUUAACCAUGACUGUCUUGAUCAAAUCUAAUCAAAACAGCCGCUAAUUAAUGUUGGCUAUUUUUCAUCAAUAACUCCAUACAACACUAGAGCUAAUCGGACAGUCUGAUUUAGUUGUACACAGUGUUUAUCAGACAAAACUGAGUAUCACUGGAAGCAAUAAUACCAUGUUACCUCAAAAAAACUUUUGACUUUCAUGAGUUUCAUUGAAAUAGCCACGCAAUACGAUAAACUUGCGCAAUUGCCUUUUAUGGUCACUGAGCAGAAGAGGAUGAUCUUGAAGUGUUUUUGAAGAUCACCGGAAUAGAUAGUCAUGCAAGGAGUUUUGAAGAAGCUUUUAAAUCCAUCUGGUAUCCCAAGCACUUUAUCACGUUUAUGUAUAGAAGUGUAUGUUAUCAAUAAAGCUUUUUCUAAGAGGCAAAUGGGUAUCAGAUUUAUUGCUGUAACUUCACAAAUUUUAAACGACAAAAAAAAAAUUAAAUAGACAAUUUCCCAAAUAGAACUGCACGUUUCCUGAUUUGCAUAGUAAUUACAUAUUACAUACUGGGCAAAUGACUUGUAAUUUGUCUGUUAUGCGACAGUUGUCUCAAGGUCUACAAUAGCCCACUCACUAUCAAUAUCACGUACUCAUAGAUGGCAUUGGAAGACUGUAAAUUGUCUAAGUAAAAGAAAGAAAUUAAGCAACUGGUUUGUUUCCCUCGCUUUUUUCUUUUGGCGAUGGGGUUUAAAACGACCGUGAGAGCCAUGCCAUAAGUUCUAAUGAAGAACAGUAUUCUUAUAUAACAGCCUGCCUCUUGAGUGUAGCGUUCCGGAGAUUGAAUACGGCCUCAUAAACAGCCAUUACUUUUCAAUUCGAUGAGAUACUCUUAACUGUAGUUACUUUAAUCAGUACUAUCAACAAGCAUCCCGCGACAGAGUAUUUUAUUGCUGGAAGAAAUUUUAUUGCUGUAAGUAAUUUUUCGAUCUCAAUCUUCUGAUGAUCCAUUUUGAUGAACUGAAAGUCUUUGUACUUCAUAAUCAUAACAGUAAAAAAAAAAACCUAAAGAAGCUUUUAUCUUCACCUUCCCGUAGGCACUCUCCAGCAAUGCAAUAUCAGAAAUUAGACAUGAAAUAUCAUCUAAUGACAUAAAAGUACCCUUAGCAUUCUUGCCUUCAAGAAAUGGUUUAAAAUGACGUAGAACUCCAAGAAGAAAAAAAGGGUUAAGAAUUUACAAUUCUUCAGUUAGUUUAUUUUCAAAUCGCAAUUAACAACUUGAAAGGGAAUUUUGGAACCGCAAAAAGGGAGAGUUAGGAAAAAAAUAUUAGGCGUGGAAAAACGAUGAGACAGCAUGCAAAUUGACUUGCUUUGUUUUUUUCUGUCUCACGUCUCCAAAAUUUUCUUCAAAAAUGUCAGUCUUGGUCAUAUUUAAGAUAAAAUUCAGCUUUCCUUUGCCACUAUGCAGAAGCGAAUUUACGAUGUACAAGAAUGAGUUUAUAAAUUGACUUUGAAAACAUGGCUUUUUCGACAACAGGCUUUAAAAUUUUCACCCUCCGUCCCCAAACGUCCUUCACCUCAAGCACUUAGUUUAUCAGAAUUAAUCCCCCGACAAGCGUUUUGGUCACUGAGCAAAAGGGUUGAAGAAGAACUUAAGAUCAAAGGGUUUCCUGUUUAUGCGUCGCAGCCCGUAUCCCGCUUUGUGGCCUCAAGCGCUUUCCCACAUUGGAAUACCUAUUAUUAGAUUUAAGGAUCUACAUUCCAAUUACAUUAAAGAGCUGCACGCAGUCCUUCCAGCUCAUAAGUUGUUCAGUUUCAUACGGACCACUUAAGUAAUUUCGAGAAUCGUCCAGAAUCGUCCAGAAUCUUAUGCAAGUUGUGCAAAGUAAGUGCCUUUAUAUAUUUUCAGUUUUUCAAUAAGGAUUGAGAUAAGGGGAGUCGAAACCGAGUUUACGAAGGAGAAACCUUCACAAAAGGAAAUCUCGUAAGCGAAAGUAACUGCUCACACGAUGCGAAGUCGUGGGAUAAGGUUUGACACUCAAAACAUGCCUUGAGCUUAGAGCAGCCUUAACUUUUUUCAAGGCUUUAGUCAUUCCUGACCUCCAUUUGGACCGUCAGGCUGGAUUAUUUUACAUGAUUUUCAUUAGCUUGUUGGUUCGUCUGUUAUUCUUGUGAGAUAAGACAGAGAGAGACACUCCCUGCACUUUGACAAAAAAACAGUUAAGAGGGAGGAGUGGGUGGAUGCCGUCUCAUCUCUCCCACAAAGGAGAGGUACUAUGUCAAGGCAUUCAUCCGAAUCUAAUCUAUACAUUUGCUAAUUCUUAUGAAUGGCUUUUCUCCGCUGGUGAUAUUGUAUCAACACUGAUCUAUAUCUCCUCCAUGUGGUCAUAUGAAUUUUCUCGCUGUUUCAUUUUAAGCUAAAAAUGAAGAGCCCUGUAGUUUUGGCGUUUGCUGUCGUCGCUCUGUGUGUCGUGGAAUGCUCUGUAGCAGGUACAAAAUUUGGUUAUUUUUUUGCUCAUUUACAUUUGCUUACGUCUAAAGGAACCAAUCAUCAUUUAUCCCUGAAGGCAAAGGGGGGUUGUGUGAAGAGUCCGUGGAUUUUGAUUUUGUCACAACAAAACUUACCUGAUCCCGUAGAGCUCUCUAGUAUUCUACUGAUCCCCCCUCAUUGGUGGUCAGUUUUCUGUAGUUCCCCGUUUCAACGACUCUGAUAGAGACGACUGGUCCUCCCUUCGUGGUCCCUGAAAACCAUGUGUCCCCCCCCAAAUCCUCGGCCUCCACCCCCUCCCCUGACCUCUCAGGCGAUAAAUAAUUAUUGGUCCGCAACAGGCGGUGUGCGCACUCCGAUUGCGUUGCAUCAUGGUCGUAAAAGAAAAAGUGAGUCAUUCGCAUCUUUAGGCGGUCGGGUGAACAUCUCUUGUGCUAGCGAGAAUAGCAGACUGAGUCCGCAAAAAGUAUCACUAUAUGACUGAAAAAUGAGCUGAACUCGAAUUAAGUGUUUGAUGCGUGCGAAAAAAGGGUUUUGUGGGAGUCUGUAGCAAGAAUGCUUUGAAAUCUGCUUGGUUCUAUACUUCUCGGCAAACGCUUGAAAUUUUCCUUUCUUAUUUUUUUUUUCGUAAUUUUCAAACCGUCCCAGACCCUUGCGCAACCCGUUCCGGUCUUAUGCACAAGUGUUUUCAAAAUGACCGCCAAAAAACUAAAGAAACCUCUCACCUCGUUCUUAAUUCAUCUGUUAUCCAAGAAAAGAUUCUUGACAGAUGCGAAGGCUCGCUGCAAAGGGGUCUGGUUAUUAAAAAGUACAAUUUGCAAUUUAAAGCUCAUGUUCCAAAUCAUUACAAAGCUAAGCUCAUCAAAUUAUUUUAUUCUUUUCAGCUGAGAACUUUAAGCUCAAGGCGGAUCCUUGGGAUGAACAAUACAUUGCAGGAGAUACGCGUAAGCUUAUUCAAAUUAUUCCUUACUAAGACUAUUCCGUUUAAUUAUUCCAAACCCAAGAUCUAACAACCAAUUUUAUUGACUAGCAUCUAAUUUCUCCUUACAAUAUCACCCCUCAAUCACACAUUAAGGUCAUGAGAAUAAAGGAAAUGAUAAACAACUGGAGGAGCUCUUAAUUGUUAAACAAAUUCUCCUUGUCUGCAGCUUAGGAAAUGUAUAGGGAAUUAUAUAGGAAAAAAAAAAUAUAUAUAUAUAUUGAUAGAAGGGCCUAAAAAGUGAAAAGUUUUUAAUUUUACCUUCGACUCACCAUAUUUUAUUGAAGAUUUCCCUCGUGACCCCGAGGAAAAGGACGAAGACGAUGGAAUAGUGGAAAAUGACGAAGACGAGUUUGGUAAGUUUUCUGUAGAUACCUUUAAAAAAGAGUGAUAGUCUGGGUCUACACUGCAUUGAUGGGAUUGUUUCGUUUGCAUAACUGCUGAGCUAUUAUUAAAUAUUUCUUUUCUGGAGUACGUGAUCAUUUGUGAAUUGCAAGGAUUCGGGGCUACAGAGAUCACAUAAUAGAGCCGCUUACUUACGACAGCUAUCGCACUUCCCUGUUUCUAUUAGAACUGGCAUUAAUUGAAGGAUGCUUUUGCAAUUGUUGGCACCCAGCUGUUUAUAAUGUUAUAUUUCCCUUUUCAGUAAUUUUUCUCUGGCGUUGUUAAAUAAGCAAGUGAAUUAAUUUUCCUCCUCAGACAUUCCCCUUGAAGACUUCGAAAAUUCAGAGGAAUUUCCCGAGAAAAUUUUCAAAUUUCGUGAUAGAGGUAAGCACAUCACUUAGCAAGACAUUACUUGUGGGUAGACAGAGUGACCUCGCAUCUUUUUCAAGAGACCACAUUACGCACUAAAAAUCGCCUUUUUGUCUCAUUUUUUUCUCUCUCUUUAGAGACAAUGCGGAAAUUUUCAGAGCAACCAAUAAACCUUCAUGAAGAUCAUGUGAGGUCAUAUGGGCAAGGUAAAGUGCAUGAUUAUUUCACAUGUUAUAAAUUUAACAUUAUUUUUAUCUAAAUUUCUUAUGUUCCCGGUCCCCUCAUUUUGAUAUAGCGUCAGUAACUUUCGAAGGUAGCACACCUCUACUCAGUUUUCUGAAAAUUUUGAUCACAUUAAGGGUAUCGUAUGUAAAUUAGACGUAGAGUCAAAGCUGGAAAUCGAGAUAUGAAAUGCGGUAGAGAGGCCAAGGUUUAUCGUAUUUCUCUCGCAAGAUCGCCAGAAUUUGCAGCGUGAUCAUGUAUUUCACGAUGUGGGGACAGAGUUUACAUAGUUGAGACAGUUCCAUGCAAGACAGUUCCAUGCAAAAUUCAGGCCUUUGAAAUAUUCUUUGUAAAUGUCACAUUUCAGUAUCUAACGUCGACAGAACACUUCGCUCUCUUUUGUUUAACUAGGCAGCAAAUACUUUUUGCAUAUUCUUUCUUCAAAGGGCUCAUUGAAGUUGUGAAGGUUGAAGCGAUGACUGGUUCCGAUGAUCCGCUACGUAGAGGAGAAGGUCAAAGUUCUUACUAUGGUAAAAAUCCACAGCUGUUGAUCGUUCUGAAGAAUGGCAGGGAGUAUCGCGCAGAGCUGCACUACAGGAAGACAGCAGGUCAAAAAUAUACAAUACAAUUGGGAGCCAAAACUGCUUUCGAACCGCGACUUGCCUGCACCCACGGAGACAUAGACAAAGUUUAUCUCGAGGCUCAAGGAGGGGAUGGAUGGUACGUUGCAUCGAUCAACACCUACACCGCAGGAUCAAACAAAAUCUUCACUGAGCUGACCACUGAUCCAGGCUUUAGUAUGUGGGUGGACAACGAUGAAGAACACCAUUACCCUUACAAUGCCAGAAAGCUCCUCCUUACCAAUGCUGUCGCAGGAUCCUGUAUCACAUACAUACGUGUAAAUGCAGUGACGGGACACAUGUAUGGAGCUGAAUCUUCAACGUCGUACACUAAGUAUAAAAGUCACAUGAUAGUUCUCACUUUAUCAAACAACCAAAAAUAUCAGGCCGAACUUGAAGGACCCAUGUAUCGAGGGCAAUCCUAUGUGCGAGAGCUAAACUUUGCAGCCCGGUUUGGAACCACAAACUGCGUGUCGUUAUCUGACAUUAAGGAAAUCCACUUAAAGGCUAGUAGUAACAAAUACGAAGAUUGGUACAUAUCAUCCAUUCGCACCUCUGCUAAGACUGGUGUGGAACAGUACAUGGAUCUGACAAGUGAUCCACACCUUAACAAGUGGCUUAGAGGGUACGAUUCAAAAGAAAUCAAACUAACAUGGGUACAUCAAGAGACCCUCAAUUGUGAAUACGGAAAUCCAACGUGCGAAUGCAUGGCACACGCAAAGGUUUGUAAAUUUAAUCUUGAAAUUGACGAAAUUCGAACCUUCACCAGCUAUCAAAAGUUGUCAGUGGAUGAGCCCACAGGGGUUGCGAUGCGAGGAUCUCAGGGAGUGAUUUAUUAUCUCGAUAACGAUGGGUCUCCCACACCACUCCAGGAUGACAGAACAUGUUCAACGCAAGACAGCGCCAAGUGCACUUAUCCCCAAUUUGUUGAUGGUAAAACGUAUCGUUUGGCAAUAGCCGUCAAUGGACUAAUUCCUGGACCUACCUUGAUUGUUCACGAAGGGCAAACUGUUGAGGUGCAUGUUCACAAUAAUCUCACCACUGAAGGUAUUUCAAUUCACUGGCAUGGUAUGCAUCAGAGAGGGACACCUUGGAUGGAUGGUGUGGGGCAAGUAACUCAAUGUCAGAUAGGACCAUCAUCGACCUUCACAUACGUUUACAAAGCUGAACCUGCCGGCACGUUUUGGUACCACUCUCACAGUGGCGCUCAAAGAACAGAUGGCUUCUUUGGUGGACUUGUUGUAAAAGAAAGUCCUGAGAAAAUGACCCAGAUUCGAGAUAAACUCCAUAGGCACCGUGCAUUUGAAGACCUUCCAGACCAGCACACCUUAACGCUUCUAGACUGGCAACAUGAGGCAUCCUUAGACCUGUUCACACAGAUUCACGCCAGUUUAGGCUUUUACCCAGGCAAGCCGCUGGGAGAGGUGCCAACUAAAGAUGAUUUAAAGCGGCGGUAUGACUCCACGCGUAGUUAUGAAGAAGGAGAGGUUGGACCAGUCCCGUAUUUUUCCGGAAUUAUAAAUGGAAAAGGCAGGCAUGAUGAUGUUCCAUACAUCAAAACCAGACUAAGUAUAUUUUCUGUUCAGGCUGGUAAGACGUAUCGCUUUCGGCUCAUUGGAGCCCAAAAUCUGUACGCCUACAAAUUCUCCAUUGAUGGUCAUAAGCUGACUGUGGUGGGCACUGAUGGAUACUGGAUCCAGCCUGUAGAAAACGUUGAUUACAUCAUCAUUCACACCGGAGAGAGGUUUGACUUCCUACUUGAAGCAAAACAUACAAGAAAAGACUACUGGAUACGUGCAGAGACUCUAGAGAUUGAUCACAAUGGCCAAGGGCCACCAUACAAGUCAUUAGAACAUGUGGCAGAAGCUAUUUUGCACUACGAACAGGAUGGAGACUCGGCCGACCCCAAUGUUAAUGUGCCGUCGACAGAAUACGAAGAUAUAAAAAGAAGGUCUCCACCCCUACAGUGCUCCUUCUACAAACCAUGCAAAGCAGUAAACUGCCCAUUCAAGAACUUCCAUCCAUCUUAUCAUGUUACCUGUAUUAAUGUUCAAGACCUACGUUUACUUGAGCCAACUCCACCAGCGGAGCUUCCGAACGCAAACCCUAAAACCCCAGGGCAAUGCCAAAAUUGUCGACAUUUCAUCAACUUCAACUUUGAGGGUGACUCUCAAACUAGUGCAGUGAAUGGGCGCAAUUUCAUUCUUCCCUCCUUUCCUCCUCAAACCCAACCUGAAGAGUUUCUCAAAAAGGAAAAUAUUUGUGACCUGAAAGCCGACUGCAACCCAUCAACAACCGCGUGCUCAUGUGUGCAAGUGAUAACUAUUCCCCAUAAGGAAACUAUUCAAUUGGUAUUUUCAGCAAUUGGUGCUUACCACAACGCUCAUCCAAUUCACCUUCAUGGCCAUACCUUCCAUGUCGUUCAUGUCGGAUACCCAGAUUAUGACCCAAAAACUGGAUUUAUAACAAAGCACAACAGUGAUAUAUACUGCGAUGACGUUCACUGCACACAACAGAACUGCGAUAAGAGGAGAUGUACCAGACCAAGAUGGAACCGAGAAAAGCGCUUUUCUAUAGAUUCCCAUACGAUCAGAAAGGACACAGUUAUGCUCCCUGCUGGAGGGUACGUUGUUAUCAACUUUCUAUCCGAUAAUCCUGGCAACUGGUUUCUUCACUGCCACAUAGAGGUACACCAGCUCGAAGGAAUGGCAAUGAUUGUCAAUGAAGCUCCACACGAGCAAAGUCAAUUGCAACCACCGAAAGAGAUGAACAAGUGUGGAGACGUUGAGAUAAGUGUCCAAACGUAUCAAAACUAUCAAUCCAAGUUCCACAGAAUGUACGCUUAG